UAAGUCCAUCAUUCGAGUGAAGUGGAGCAACACACAUCAGUCAACAUGAAACUGUUCAACCUGCUGGUGCUGGUCCUCGCGGCGGUCGCCAUGUUGAUGGGCGGCGCCAGCGCACACCCCAAGGGUGCAGGGGGCGGCUUGAGGAAAGGAUUUAAGGCCAUUAAAGCUGGAAUCGGAGCUAUUGGUGCCAUUGGUACAGGCCACGAGAUUUAUCAACAUGUCAAAAACAGAGGAUGAGGUCCUGCAGCUCACUCCAGAAUGAAACAACAUACCUCCAUAGUGCUAUUAUUGUGAUAUCUAAAUGUAGUCUCUUAAAAUAAGAUUUUAAUCACUGUUAAACUUUUGCAAUACUCGUAUUAAUUAAAUAAAAUAUUGAAAGAAAUA